UAUCCACUAAAGCAGCAGACCAAAAACCAAGGCCAACCAACCAAGGAAUAUAUCAUGUUAGAUACCAGGACCAUAUAUGGUCCGGCUUUCUAAUUUAUCUCUGAGACUUGAAGCCUAGGGAGAUUCUUCCUAGGAGUAGAAUCAGUCAAAGCUUUUUAACAAUCUGGGGCUGUUUCAACAAUAUAAAGAUCUGCUUCUCUAAGCUAGUUCUAACACAGAGAAGCAAACUGUUUUUGAGAAUGGAAGUAACCAACAAUUACAUUGUUAUCAAAUCCCACAUCAAUGGGAGUCCCAAAGAGUCUGAUUUUGAGACCAAGUCUGAAAUUCUUGCUCUAUCUGUUGACCUUGGUUCCAAUGAAAUCAUUGUGAAGAAUCUAUAUGUCUCUAUUGAUCCUUACCAGAUAAACAGAAUGAAGAGUAAAAGCUCUUCGCAGAAAGCUUCGAGUUUCGCAGUUGCUGUAGUUGUUGGCCAGGUUAUUGAUGCUUAUGGCGUGGGGAAGGUUUUGGCUUCUGCAAAUCCUGAAUUCGAGAAGGGUGACCUGGUUGUGGGACUUAUUACUUGGGGAGAAUAUAGUGUGCUAAAAGGAGAUUACAUGUUGAGGAAAUUGGAUCCCCUUGGAUUUCCUCUGUCAUAUCAAGUUGGAAUCUUAGGGUUUAGUGGACUCACAGCCUAUGCUGGAUUUUUUGAAGUAUGCAAACCUAAGAAGGGUGAAAAGGUGUUUGUGUCUGCAGCUUCUGGGUCGGUUGGAAAUCUUGUGGGACAGUAUGCAAAACUUUUUGGUUGUCAUGUUGUUGGCUGUGCUGGAAGCAAAGAAAAGGUAGCAUUCCUUAAGGAGAAGCUUGGGUUUGAUGAUGCAUUCAACUACAAAGAAGAGACUGAUUUGAAGGCAACUCUCACAAAAUACUUCCCUGAUGGAAUUGAUAUUUACUUCGACAACGUGGGUGCUGAGAUGCUAGAAGCAGCAGUUGCUAACAUGAAAAUCUCCGGUAGAGUUGCAGUUUGUGGGGUAAUGGCCGAGUACACGGAUGCUGGAAAACGAGCUGCACCGGAUAUGCUAGACGUUGUGUACAAGAGGAUCACAAUCCGAGGAUUUUUAGCAGCUGAUCACUACAAUGUCUAUGAAGAUUUCAUUUCUACUACAGUGGAUCACCUUCAAACAGGCAGUAUUCAGGCAAUUGAAGACAUCUCAACUGGUGUGGACAGCAUCCCAAAAGCUUUCAUUGGACUAUUUCACGGUGAUAACAUAGGAAAGAAGAUAGUUAAAAUUGCGGAUGAGUGAUUGUAUAAUCAUAAACUUUGCCUAAAAAGUUUGGAUUUGUCAUGUCCUAAUAGUGAUUGCUCAUUUAAUAAAAUUUACUUAAGAGAUUCUUCUUAAGGCAUUUCUGACAGAAUGAUUGGGUACCAGACUUUUGGAAGCAAACACUAAUAUUCCUGAUCAAGUUGGAAGUAAAUCCUAUGCUUGUAUACAUCCCAAGGGAUAGCUGCACCGGUAAUAGUGAUCAUCUCGUUCUAGGACUAUAUUGUGUGUUCGAUUAUUGACAGUUACAUUAGAAAAUAUACAUGCGGUCUAGGAGUGAGUUUAUACAUGCAUCAAUGUAUAACUCAGCUUUCUUUAUAAGACGAUUCAGCAAAAAUAAUGGUGCCAAAUAUUUGCUUUACAGAAAAUGGAAAGACAAGGCACAUGUUUUUCUCCAUAACCCACCGCCCCCUUUUUCUAGUAAUUUCCAACCACAAACAUGACAUAAUUUUUUAGGUAUUAGAACCAAAUAUUUAGGUAUUAGAACCAUACAUUACACAAAUUCAACAAAUUUGACAGGAUGAAAGAAUUUUUGUUAAAAAGCUAUUUGGUGCAAGACAUAAAAGAAACACCGAAAAUUUGGCUUUUGCUAUCUCCAGUUUUGAAAAUAUAUAACACGUAAAAGGGCCAACAAAUAUUUGUAGGAACCAUAAGGCCAGGCCUGUAGAUUGUAAAAUUUCUCAUUUUAUUUGUUUCUUUAGGAGGGAAAAAAAGAAAAAAAAGAAAAAAGCCUUUAUGAAUUGGCAAGUUGCUCUUUUAGCUGUCUAUUAUUUGCUAUAGCUAGCCAAAUCUCAUACA